CCAAACAGCCCGGGGGAAGAUGUUUGGAGGGGUGUGGAAAUCCGCAGCAAGGUUGGCCUUUCGAUUUCUCAAGAACUGGCGUCAGUUCUGGUUUCUUACCUGCUCUCACCUGGGCAGGUAACACUAUGUGGCCAAACAAAAGUGCAUAGGAUGGGGAAUCUGUGCGCCCCGAAGUUGUUGGACCCCAUCUCCCCUCACCUAUAACCAUUGGCCAUGCUGGCUGGGGCUGACAGGUGUCGGAGUCCAGCAAAACAUCUGGAAAGCCACAAGUCCCCUAGCGCUUUGGACUGCAUUCGCCUUCCUUAAGGAAGCAUGAGCCUGAAUGAGAAGGGUACUCUUUUCACACGGCAAAAUCUUUCCCUGGUUGCCUGCCUCCUCCUUCCCCUUUGCGAGGGCUCCGUCUCCGUGGCGAGCGCACUAAAUCUCUCAACAGAUGCUGGGGCAUCUUCAUAAUCAGCUCGGCUCCUUGGUGGUCAGUGUGGAGCAGCAGCAGCAGCAGGGUAUUAAUUCUGGAUCUGCGGGCUCUCCACCACAUUGGGUUCCUUCUUCCAGAAAGAUAAGGGGGAGGGAUCUCCCGAGCCUGACGGACAGUUUACAUAAUGAGCUUGCGAGGCCAGGAGGCAACUAUAUAAACAGCGCGAAGGGAAGCCAGCUUUCCACUCACGGAGCGAGCGCAGGAGCAGCAGCUGAGGUCAGGGGAAGGAACGAGCUGCUGCCGCGCCACGCUCACACGCCCCUCCGCCUCUCUCCUCCGGGCUUGGGAGUUUUAUAAACGACGGGAUUUAACCCUCCGACCACGCCGAUGCUUUAAAAAGCAGCCCCACUGGAUUAUACCUUCCUCUUCGUCUUGGGGAGUACUUGGAAGGGAAGCCUCUGACCUGCAUGCCACGACUUGGGAGAGCCAGGCAGCAACAGCAGCAGCAGCAGCAGCGCAUCUUUGGACCACCUGAGGAAUACGAGCGAGCCUUGAAAGCUCAGCCCGGGAGGAAUUAAGCACAUCGUAGCGGGAGGAUGGCAGCCUUGCGCCUCGUGGGCUUGACAUUGGCUGUCGCGGUGACGCUGCAGAAGGUCUCCGGCUCGGGCGUCUUCCAGCUGGAGCUGCGGCACUUUGCCAAUGGCCAAGGCGCCCUGGCGAGCGGAGAGUCGUGCGGGUCCGGCUGCAGGACCUUCUUCCGCGUGUGCCUGAUGCAUUACCAGGCGGUGAUCUCGCCGGGCGACUGCACCUUCGGCAGCAUCGUGACCCCGGUGCUGGGCAUCAACUCCUUCGCUAUCCGGGAGACCGAGGGCUUCGGCAGCCCCAUCAAGUUGCCUUUCAACUUCACGUGGCCGGGAACUUUCUCAUUGAUCAUUGAAGCCUGGCACGCUCCCGAAGGUUACAAUCCAGCAGCAGCAUCCAAGCCCCCUGCCCGGAAGUGGCUCAUCAGCCAGAUGGCGAUCCGGCGCUCGCUGGCCGUGGGCGAGGCGUGGCUGCCGGACCAGCAGAGCCACGAGUGGGCCCGCCUGAACUUCUCCUACCGCGUGGUGUGCAACGAGCACUACUACGGCGACAACUGCUCCCGCCUCUGCAAGGACCGCGACGACCUCUUCGGCCACUACGUCUGCAAAGCCGACGGCACCAUGGCCUGCCUGCCCGACUGGACGGGGGACUACUGCACAGACGCUAUCUGUCUAGAAGGGUGUUCAGAGAAAAAUGGAUUUUGCAGAAAACCAAGAGAGUGCAUCUGUCGUAGUGGUUGGAAAGGCCGUUACUGUAAUGAAUGUAUCCCUCAUGUGGGUUGUCGCCAUGGGACCUGUACAAAACCAGGAAAGUGCAUAUGCGAUGAAGGCUGGGGAGGCCUUUUUUGUGAUCAAGAUCUGAACUACUGCACCCAUCACAGACCCUGCAAGAAUGGGGCCACCUGCAUGAACACUGGCCAGGGAAGUUAUACAUGUUCCUGCAAAGAGGGUUUUACUGGUGUUGACUGUGAACGGAAUAUCAGCGAAUGUGACAGUAACCCCUGCAAGAAUGGAGGCAGUUGCACAGAUUUAGGGAAAUACUACAAAUGCACAUGUCCCCCAGGAUACGAUGGUGUUAAUUGUGAGCACAGUGCCUUGACUUGUGUUGAUUCUCCAUGUUUUAAUGGUGGCACAUGCCUAGAAAGAGAAGGAGGAACCAGCUAUGCUUGUAUUUGUCCUAUGGGCUUUACAGGAUCCAACUGCGAAAAGAAAGAAGACAGGUGUACCAACAACCCCUGUUCUAAUGGUGGGCAAUGCUUUGUUUUGGGCCAGCAACACGUGUGUCGUUGUCGUCCUGGUUUCUCCGGUCAGAAAUGUGAGAUAAACAUCAGCAAGUGUUCCAGAAAUCCAUGCACCAAUGGAGGAUCUUGUCAUGACCUUGUGACUACACAUGAUUAUACAUGUACUUGCUUGCCAGGCUAUGCUGGCAAAAACUGUGAAACCAGAACUAGAGAUGAGUGUGCCUCUGAGCCCUGCCAGAAUGGGGGAACAUGCUAUGUUGGGCUUUAUCCUACUACUUUUGCUUGUCACUGCCCUUCUGGCUUCAUGGGCAGCCAUUGUGAAUUUCCAGUGCGUUCAGUUUCAGAGCCUCCUAAACAGGUUCCUUGGGUGGCCAUAUCCAUGGGAGUCGGGCUAGUGGCUCUUCUCAUUUUGUGCUGCAUGAUAGCUAUAGUUAUCCGGCAGAUGCAGAGACAGCCAGAACAGAAUUCAGAAGCCAUGAACAACCUGUCUGACUUCCAGAAGGAAAAUCUCAUCCCAGCCUCUCAACUUAAAAACACCAAUAAAAACAAAGACCUUGAAGUAGACUGCGUGCUGGAGAAAUCAAACUACAAACUUAAGAAUCACACAUUGGAUUAUAACCUGAUGAAGGAACUGACGAGUAGAGGGGCUCAGGAAGAUAAAUAUCAUAAAAGUGAAAAAUGUAUAGGAGAGAAAUCACCUUUCUGGUUACGCAGUGAAAAGCCAGAAUGUAGAAUAUCAGCUAUAUGCUCUCCAAGGGAUUCCAUGUACCAAUCUGUCUUUGUGAUAGCAGAGGAGCGAAAUGAGUGUGUUAUAGCCACAGAGGUAUAAGAAUGAAGGUUGCUCUGUUUGCACCUCAGUGUUGGAGAUGCCACAAGGUGGACAUUCCUGCUAAUUGUUUACAAUUCACAAUUGGAUUGGACUUGGAUUUUUUUAAUUAUAUGCAAUUUGCUGCUCUCAGGAGGAGGAGAGGAUGGAAGUGGGUGAACUGGACAGACUGUGAAUUUAAAGAUGCAAUAGACCUUUUGGCCCCCUGUUCCCUUAUUUUGAAGUCUGAUAGGAGGAAUAUAACUGACUACAGGGAGGGGAGAGGCAGUGAUGGUGUCUUUUACUAGCCUUUGAAAUUACUUUGCUGCCAGUUGCUUGUGGACAGUUGUGUGACUUUCCAAAACUUCAGUCUUGGAAGGUGCCCAUUGGUGCAAAAGGCACUCUGCCAUCACAGAAUAAACCAGCAAUACUGUGAGAAGAAUGAAUGAAGAAACAUGUUUUUCUAUGCAUAUAAUGGAUACAGAAUAAAUGAGCUCACCAUUUUUUUCUGGAUUUGAAAGUGCCUGAAGCGUGUUUAAGAAUCUAGAGAGCCCAAAUCAAGACAUAACUGCCUUUCCCCCCUGCAGUACCCAAACAGUAUUGGCAAGGAGUUACUUACUACCAGUACCUCCUGUUGCUUCUCUAUUUUACAUCCCUUUUCCCCUUCCAUGUAUUCCAAACAAUGUAAGGGGAGAUGGAUAAUGAGCUGGCAUUUCAUCUCCUAGGAUGAUGCUUUGGUGAACUGAGCAGUGAAUUGGGAUUUGCUCCUAUUUCUGAAUGACAGAAACAUCCAUGGACUUAAACAGCGGAGGAGAAUCCUGCCGCUGCUGCCUCCUCAGCAUGAGGAAACUUAAUCCCAGUGCUCGCUGAAAGCCUUACAAGUGCGUUUAAAAUCAAUCAGCUGUUUUCAUGCCCUUUGCACUACUAGUCACCAUGAAUAGAAGUGUGUUUCUUCUUCAUAUGCAUUAGGUAGGAUUUGGAAUUUUGUGUUGGAUAUCUGAAUCUGGUGCCACCACCUCAAUUGCAAAUAACCUCCAAGUCUAAACUUGUGGGGUUUUUUUACAGCCAGGGAAGUGUUUAUGAGCCCUGAAGUUUUCUUCCUUGCUGCAGAACAACCACCACUAUCUACAGCUCCGCUGGGCUAAGAAAGACUAAGCUACAAGGGGGACUUAUUGAGGGAUAUCUGUGGGUGAAAUCAUAAAUUUCUUGGUUUGUCCUGCUUCUUCAUUCCUUCACACUGCUACAAGGAAAGGAGUAACCUUAUGUUUUUUAGUCCAAAGGAGCAGUUCUGAACUGGAAAACUCAGUGCACACAGACUCUCAUACAUUUACAGCAAUAAUAAUAGACAUUUCAGAUAGGAAGUGCUGUGAUGUUUGUAGUGAUAAACAUGUACUGUGGGAAAGGGAAUAUGGCGGAAGCAGAGAGAGGAAGCAAAUUUUCAUUCAAGGAAGUUGGGAUUGUGCUUUCUGUGGUGGAAGAGCAAUGUUCCUGACCUUGUAAAUCCCAGCAUCAGUUUUGUUCACCUCCAGCCUUGAAUUGUGCAAGCAAGAUUUUGCUCAGAAUGUUCACUACUGACCUUUUGGUCUGACCAUUCAAGACCGUUAUGAAAAUGACCUUCAGAAAUCAAUAAUAUGGUUUAUACUAGUGUCUGUUUGUAGUUAUUUUAAAACAUAGUAUUUCAAUAAUUUAAAAAGAAAAUCAGAAGCACUGAACUUUCUACAUUUUGUAACAUUAUUUUGUAUAUAAUGUAUAUUUAUAAUCAAAAACAGAAGUGUAAAUAUGUUUAUUACUUAUCAUGUUAUGUUUUUAUGUGAUGACAAAGUUUGAAUUUUAUUUUUUUUUCCAAAUAAUGAAAAUACUUUCCCGCUA